CUCUUCGCUCCAGCCGGCGCAGGCAGCCGCCGCAGCAGCAGGCGAGCGGCGGCCCUGCGAGGCCAUGAAGGUGAAGAAGGGCGGCGGCGGGGCUGGGACGGGGGCGGAGUCCGCUCCAGGGGCCUCGGGCCAGAGCGUGGAGCCCAAGCCCGAGCCGCAGCUGCAGGCGGAAUCCGAGUCCGGGUCCGAGUCGGAGCCGGAGGCUGGCCCGGGGCCCAGGCCGGGGCCGCUGCAGAGGAAGCAGCCGAUCGGGCCGGAGGACGUGCUGGGGCUGCAGCGGAUCACGGGUGACUACCUAUGCUCCCCCGAGGAGAAUAUCUACAAGAUCGACUUCAUCAGGUUCAAGAUUCGAGACAUGGACUCAGGCACUGUCCUCUUUGAAAUCAAGAAGCCCCCAGCCUCAGAGCGGUUGCCCAUCAACCGGCGGGAUCUGGACCCCAAUGCUGGACGCUUUGUCCGCUACCAGUUCACACCUGCCUUCCUCCGCCUGAGGCAGGUGGGAGCCACGGUGGAGUUCACAGUGGGAGACAAGCCUGUCAACAACUUCCGCAUGAUUGAGAGGCACUACUUUCGCAACCAGCUCCUCAAAAGUUUUGACUUCCACUUUGGCUUCUGCAUCCCCAGCAGCAAGAACACCUGCGAACACAUCUACGACUUCCCCCCUCUCUCUGAGGAGCUGAUCCACGAGAUGAUCCGUCACCCGUACGAAACACAGUCUGACAGCUUCUACUUCGUGGACGAUCGGCUGGUAAUGCACAACAAAGCAGACUAUUCCUACAGCGGAACGCCCUGACCCUGAAACAGCCCCGCGCCCCACGAGGGUCCUGGGCCCCCAACUGUGACCUCCCCAACACUCACCUCUUGACCUGAGGCUUCUGCCUGAGGAGUAUUUCAAGAGCCCCGGACCCUGAGUCAGCGAUGGGAGGGAGGGUACUUGACGUCCCCAGUCCAAAUCUCUGAAACCAGGGGCACAUGGGGUGGGGCGGUAGGAGGGCUGUCCGCCUCCAUGUCCAGGAAGGCCUCCCGUGAGAAGAGUGGCCAGGACUUCCGGACAGCCUCAAUGGGCCUCUUGGGCCCAAGUUUAAGAAUAGUGUUCCUACAUCUAGGCUUUGGCUUGGUCAGGGCAGGGACCUAUUCCCUGUCCUCUGCCCACCUACAGGCCAUUUAGAGUUGUAAAAUCACAGAUGAACAUCCAGGGUGGGUGGGGGAGGGUGUCUGGCUGCCCAGCUUCCCAAGGGAGCCCCAACCUUUACCAUCACGGGGCUGAGCCACAGCCUGAGGGGUGGGAGGGACGGGCCCGGAUUGCGGCCUGUGGUAGGGACUGGACCAACUGUAUAUAGUUUUCAAUAAACUCUCUCCUUUUCUGUUC